UGAAUCUGAGUUUGCUCUAUGGUGGACUGCGCGCGUUGAAGUCACGAUGAUAUGUUGCAAGCGCUUUGCAGAUGUGAAGGGCGUUUCUUCCUCUUUCGCAUUUUAUUAACCGCGGCCGGAGUUAAGAACGACGUUUUGUCAUGCCCUACCCCACCAAAGCGGCUGCCACGGUACUUAAUGGUGAGACCACUCGCAUUUGAGUCCUUCCCAUCACCGUUACCCAAGCGUACUUGAAUAGAUCCAUUGAAAUGCCUGCCGUCGAGUCAAAGUUCGAUCCCAAGGACAUGGAGUUCCGUCGCCUGGGGCCUGCAGGUCUCAAGGUCUCCGUGUUCUCUCUUGGAGGCUGGUUGACCUACGGAGGAACACAAAAAGGAAACAUCGUAAAGGAGAUUAUGGAAGCAGCUUGGGGUCACGGCGUCAACUUCUUCGAUACUGCUGAGGUCUACUCCGCGGGCCAGUGUGAAAUCGAGAUGGGCAACGCCUUCAAGGAGCUCGCAUGGCCGCGUGACGAGUAUGUCUUGUCCACCAAGGUCUUCUUUGGAACCUCGAGGAAGGAACCCAACACUCGUGGUCUUAGCAAGAAGCACAUUGUUGAGGGCUUGAAGAGCUCCCUGAAGCGCCUGCAGCACGACUACGUGGAUGUUGUGUUCGCUCAUCGUCACGAUCCUGAUGUUCCCAUGAAGGAGAUCGUUGAAGCCUUCACUCAGGCGAUCCACAUGAACCUCGCCUACUACUGGGGAACGUCGGAGUGGUCUGCCGCUCAAAUCCAGGAAGCCACCGAGAUCGCGGAGAAGUACCACCUCAUCGCUCCCAUUGUCGAGCAGCCUCAGUACAACGCCUUCCACCGCGAGCGAUUCGAGAAGGAGUACGCUCCCUUGUACGAGAAGUUCCAGUACGGCACAACUAUUUGGAGUCCGCUUGCGUCUGGUCUCUUGACAGGCAAGUACAAUGAGGGCAUCCCUGAAGACUCUCGCUUCGCUACCAACCAGGCGUUUUUCAAAAAGACAAUUGAUGAGCUGAAGAGCGAUGAGGGUCAGGCAAAGAUCGCGAAGGUCAAGAAGUUGACCAAAAUUGCUGAGAAGCUCGAUGCUUCGACGAGCCAACUGGCACUCGCCUGGGCUGCAAAGAAUCCUCACGUAUCGACCGUCAUUUUGGGUGCCAGUAAGGUGCAGCAGGUUCACGACAACUGCGCUGCUCUGAAGUUGCUCCCUAAGCUGACUCCUGAAGUCAUGGAGGAGAUCGAGGGUAUCCUUGGAAACAAGCCUUGACUGUCUUUCAAGCUUCGAGAAUCGAUCAACCACUGAGGUUCAGGGGAAAUCGCAAUUUCGCAUACUCCAAAUUGUCAAGCCGGGUAACAGAAGAUGCUGAACAGUUGGUGCUGAUUGAAUGACAAGCGACGAAGACACAAUGUGCACAAUAACAUGCCUUGAAUUGGUUUAUUUGAUGAGCACCCAAAACUUUUGGCUCGAACUGCCACUGUGCGCUAGGCUUCGCCUCCAGAAAGCAGGGCCGCGGAAAAGCGAGGCUGGUGAUCGCUGCACCGAGCGGGGCAGAAUGCGGGCUCUGUGUCGACGGUCCGACGGACGAUGUUCCUCCCAUAUACACCCCC